UUAUAGCCGAGAAGGACUCGAUCUAGAUUGAAUUCGGGGUGUGUUUAUAAUCCAGAUCGCGAGCGCUUCACAAACACGACGAGAAAAGACGCAGUGUAAAGUUAUAAGCGAUUAUGUGAGUGGAUCAUGGCUCUCUCAGGCCCGGCUCUGGAGGAGUGUGUGUCCCGUGUGUGUGUGGAGGACGAGUUCACCUGUGCAGGUGUGCUGCGCGGGGCCCUGCAGGCACUGAGGCCCUCGGUGGAGCGAGUGUUCGGGGUCGCGCUGGCCAUCGGGGCAGAAGAAGAAGAGUCGGCUCAGAGCGGCCUCAUCUGGCUCCAGCUGAGCGGGGCGGCACCAGAUGUGGAGGCGGCAAAGAUUUUCGUGAAAGGUGUGGUCAAUCAGGAAGCCCAACAAGAGUUCCAGUUUCCCGAGGUGCUUCACUGUGUGUUCUGUGGUGCGAAAGGGCUGUUCAUGGACUGCCUGACUAAAAACACCUCUGCGCAUAUAGUGCUGGGAUCCCAAGGCUUUCUCCUCAUAACCGGACUGGCAGAACCUGUGGUGAAAGCCUACUCCUUCAUCACAGACCUGGUGGAGAAAUACAGGAGCAGCCAGGGACGGCGUGCCGAGAUCGGGAUAGCGGGAGAAUCCCUGGAGUCGCGUCGGGCCUUCAAGUCCCUGGUUGAGAAUCUGGAGGACCGGCACACCCUCGACCUGCUGGUGUUACCGGUGAUGGUGAAGGAGGCUCUGCUGGACCUGGUGAAGCAGUCCGGAUUGGACUCGUAUGCAAAGCGGCACCAGGAAGGUCUAAUCCCAUUGGAAGCCAAUGGAUCAUUAGCGGUGCAGAGAAGCGUUUAUGAUCAUAAAGCAGAAAACUCACAUUCCCAGCAUCCGCAAUCCGCUUAUGACAGGAUUAACGGCACGGAUGAUUUCAGAAUUGAAUCCCACAGUCCGUUUUCCAGAGGCUUUACCCUCGACUCACCUAAGUCUCCAGAACCAGAACCUGAAUCCGAGACUCCUGCUGUUCCGUCGUCUGCGAGAAACAAAGAGGAGUUCGAGCACCUUCUCAAGUUCUUCAGCGCCAUGGGAUUCACCGAAGAGGUUGUGCACUGUGUUCUGGCCCGAACCGGCCCUAAAGAAGCCUCGCAGCUUCUGGAUUUGAUUCAACAGGAGCACGACAAAACUAACCAGCGGAAGAAUAAAGACAAUGUGGUUAGCGAAACGCACGAGGCCAUUGAAGUAGGAGAGGAGAAUGCUAUAGAGGAAGACUUCGUCUUGGGGGUGUUGAAGAAGGCGGCGGCCACUUGUGGAUACACCGAGGACAGAGUAAUGGAAGUGUUUGGCAAUCUACCCGAGCUCAAGCCACACGAGCUGCUCAUGCAACUGCAGAAACAAGAGUUCGCCGAACAUGCGAUUGGGACAAGAAAUGGUGGAAAGCGGGCUGAUUGGACUAUUGAUACGAAUCCAGUGGCAGAUUUUGAAAAAGUCGAUUCUGGGAGCGGAAACGGAGCGACAAAGCUAAGCAUGUCCAAACCGUUAAGCGUUCCCUCAGUGAGAGGCCCGCCUCAGACUACAUACGCCUUUGAAACCAUGAACCCGGACGCACAGCCAGGGAAUCUGCCGGCACAAUCGCCUCCACGGAGGAUCAAACCAAACAUAGAUCUCGGAUCCCCAAAUCUCUCCAAUCACGUCAUCGCACCCAAACCGAGAGCGUCGGAGGCGUCUGUGGUCACGGGACCUCAGCGGUUCCUCGAGAGCCUGAAGACGCCAUUCAAACUGCAGCUGUCGGAUGAGCCUGGCGACCCCAUGCUGCGUCAGGUCAUCAUUGACGGCAGCAAUGUUGCAAUGAGUCACGGGUUGGGAGUGUUCUUCUCCUGUCGAGGCAUCGCUCUGGCCGUUCAACACUUCUGGGCAAGAGGACAUCGAGAAAUCACUGUGUUCAUCCCUCAGUGGAGGCAGAAGAAUAACUCCAAGAACAAAGAAAAGCAUUACCUGACUGAACUGCAUGAUCUGGGCUUCGUCUCAUACACUCCCUCCAGAGAGGUCGAGGGCAAGAGAAUCAACUCAUACGACGACCGAUUCAUGCUGGCGCUGGCGCAGAAGACGAACGGAGUGAUUGUGACGAACGACAACUUGAGGGAUCUAGUGGACGAGUCGCCCGCGUGGAGAGACAUCAUAAAGAAGAGUUUGCUACAGUACGUGUUUGCUGGAGAUCUCUUCAUGUUGCCUGAUGAUCCUCUGGGCCGUGGCGGACCGCACCUGAGAGACUUUCUGCACAAACACAGCAGCGGUUCGCCUGUUCCUGGCAGCCACACGUUUGCAGGAUCGUCCUCCACCUUCCCCGCUCCGUCACACGCGCCCCGCGCUCACACCGAGCUCCUGCAGUACCGGGACCGGACCCCAGGGGGCAGAGGUCAGGGGUCAGGCAGAGGUCAGGAGGUCAGCGAGAGGUCGGUGGAGGAGACGCUGGCGCUGCAGCAGAGUUUGCUCCCCAUCUUCCCCGGCCAGGAGAGCGUGAUCGUCAUGAUCCUGCAGUGUCACCCGACGCUCCGAGACCUGGACCGCAUCACGCACCUCGUGCUGGAGCAGCAGGAGUAAACACCGGACACAA